UUGCACGUCAGCACCGAAUCCUCCCGACGGACUCCCGGCACCGCAACCGCUGUUCGCCUGUUCCUCUCUCUUCCGCCGGUUCCACGUCACGCGCGCACCAGAGCCGCGGCAGGAUUCCCCGGCCGAAGGCGCAGGCCGCGCGCCUCGACCAUUCGGCUCCUCCCCAACGCCACACGGGCCUCCGCCCUCUCCCUCUCCCUCCCCCUCCCCCUCCCCCGCUGGCGGCGGAUGGCCUCCUCCUCCGCCUCGCCGGCGCCGGCGCCGGCCGGGGAGUCCCUACGGCAGAAACGCAUCCUCUCCAGCAAGCUCUACCUCGAAGUCCCCUCGUCCAAGGCACCGGUGGUCUACUCGCCGGCCUACGACAUCUCCUUCCUCGGCCUCGAGAAGCUCGUCCGGGCGACCCCUUUGUGCAGGCACCCGUUUGAUUCCGCCAAAUGGGGGCGCAUCUGCAGGUACCUCACCAGGGAAGGGCACCUGGAGAAGAAACAGGUCGUGGAGCCAUUGGAAGCCUGCAAGGAGGAUUUGCUAGUGGUUCACACGGAGGCGUAUCUUAACAGCCUCAAAUGCAGCUUCAGAGUCGCCUCCAUUGUGGAGGUCCCUCCUGUGUCGCUUGUCCCUAAUUGGAUCGUGCAGAAAAAGCUACUAUACCCAUUCCGGAAGCAGGUUGGUGGGUCCAUUUUGUCAGCGAAACUUGCACUCGAGAGAGGAUGGGCUAUUAAUGUUGGUGGAGGAUUUCACCAUUGUUCGGCAGAGGAAGGAGGUGGAUUUUGUGCGUACGCUGACAUCUCUCUGUGCAUCCAGUUUGCUUUUGUCCGUCUAAAUAUUUCACGUUUAUUGAUCAUAGAUCUGGAUGCUCACCAAGGAAAUGGACAUGAAAAAGAUUUUGCUAAUGAUGGAAGGGUUUACAUUUUGGACAUGUACAAUGCUGGAAUUUAUCCCUUUGAUUUCACUGCUAAGCAAUACAUCGAUCAAAAAGUUGAAUUAGCUAGCGGGACAAAAACAGAUGAAUACUUGGAGCUACUUGAUAAGGCUCUCGAGGUCUGCAAAAGUAGGUUUCAACCCCAGUUGAUUGUUUACAAUGCUGGAACAGACAUCCUUGAUGGUGAUCCAUUGGGCAGAUUGAAGAUAAGUCCUGAGGGUGUAAUUACCAGAGAUGAGAAGGUGUUUAGAUUUGCGAAAGAUCAAAACAUUCCACUGCUCAUGCUGACGUCAGGAGGCUACAUGAAGUCAAGUGCUCGAGUAAUCGCCGAUUCGAUCAUCAAUCUCGCCAAUAAAAACUUGAUAGAACUAGGCAGCCAGUUGGGUUGAGAAAGAAUAUGUUACUGGUGUUUAUCCUAAAGCACACAUCUCCUGUAUGUAUAUGACCUCUGAAUAGAAGUGUAUAGUACUUUUAUUUUUGUGGAAAACAUAUAAGCCACAGAAAAGUUUUGUACAUAGCACGGGGCCUUCUUAAAUCUUGACUAUGUGAAUUCAGAUACUCAAUGCAUAUAAAGAAUUUCAGAAAAAGAAGACUACUAUCAGUUUGGCACAGAUCA